AAAGAGCCUAUCUCUGCUAAAAAGAAACGAGCCUGGAGCUUAUGCCCUGGCGGGAAAACUGACCCGCAAGCAUGGCCUUCUCCUCUGUCUCUGAGAAGAACUAACCAAUGAAUUUUGACUCUGGGGCCCUGGAAAAUGCUGUGGCAAUAUUAAUGUGCAGUUUGCUCUGACUGUAGUCUGUCUGGGUGUGUUGUUUCCCCCAGAGUGGGCUCCACCCUUGCACUAACCACACUGUGGAUAUCUUGCUGCUUAAAACAAAGAUCAUUUUAGGGCAGCAUUGCAUCAGAAUUGCCACACGAAAACAAGUUUAAGAAAUGUGCAGAGGCUUCGUGGGUUUUAGAGGAAGACUUGAGACAUGAGUUCAGACACCAGCCAAGCAGUGAUCACCACUCCUCCUCCUCCCAGCAUGCCUCACAAAGAGAGGUAUUUUGACCGAAUCAAUGAAAGUGAUCCAGAAUACCUUCGAGAGAGGAACAUGUCUCCUGAUCUACGACAGGACUUCAAUAUGAUGGAGCAAAGGAAGCGAGUCACUCAGAUCCUGCAGAGUCCUGCCUUUCGGGAAGACCUAGAAAGCCUCAUUCAAGAACAGAUGAAGAAAGGCCACAACCCAACCGGUUUACUAGCGUUACAGCAGAUUGCGGAUUACAUCAUGACCAACUCCUUCUCAGGCUUUUCUUCACCCGCCCUGAGUCUUGGCAUGGUCACACCAAUUAAUGACCUUCCCGGUGCAGAUACAUCCUCCUAUGUGAAGGGAGAAAAGCUCACUCGCUGCAAGCUCGCCAGCCUCUACAGACUCGCAGAUUUGUUUGGGUGGGCACACCUGGCAAAUACCUACAUCUCAGUACGAAUAAGUAAGGAGCAAGACCAUAUUAUAAUAAUUCCCAGAGGCCUCUCUUUCUCUGAAGCCACAGCCUCCACUUUGGUGAAAGUCAACAUUAUAGGAGAAGUGGUGGACCAGGGGAGCACUAAUUUGAAAAUUGACCACACAGGAUUCAGUCCCCAUGCCGCCAUCUAUUCAACACGCCCCGACGUGAAGUGUGUGAUACACAUCCACACCCUUGCUACAGCCGCUGUGUCCUCCAUGAAGUGUGGGAUCCUUCCAAUUUCCCAAGAGUCUCUCAUCCUGGGAGACAUAGCCUAUUAUGACUACCAGGGCUCCCUUGAUGAAGAGGAGGAAAGAAUUGAACUUCAGAAAGUGCUGGGUCCAAGCUGUAAGGUGCUCGUUCUCAGGAACCAUGGCGUCGUGGCUCUUGGAGAGACCCUGGAGGAGGCUUUCCACUACAUCUUCAAUGUGCAGAUGGCCUGUGAGAUUCAGGUGCAGGCAGUGGCAGGGGCAGGGGGAGUAGACAAUCUGCUCAUACUGGAUCUUCAGAAAUUUAAAGCGUUCACCCACGGUGUUGCCAUGUCUGGAGGAGGCGGUGUAAAUAUGGGAUCCCAUCAGAAGUGGAAGGUUGGCGAGAUUGAGUUUGAAGGGCUGAUGAGGACCCUGGACAACUUGGGAUACAGAACCGGCUACGCAUACAGGCAUCCUCUAGUUCGAGAGAAGCCCAGGCACAAGAGUGACGUGGAGAUCCCAGCAACCGUGACUGCGUUCUCCUUUGAAGAUGACAGUACACCACUCUCCCCCCUCAAGUACAUGGCACAGAGACAGCAGCGUGAAAAAACAAGAUGGCUGAAUUCACCAAAUACUUACAUGAAAGUGAAUGUUCCGGAGGAGUCUCGGAACGGGGAAACUAGUCCCAGGACCAAGAUCACGUGGAUGAAAGCCGAGGACUCCUCUAAAGUUAGUAGUGGAACACCAAUCAAGAUCGAAGAUCCCAAUCAGUUUGUUCCUUUAAACACAAACCCUACCGAGGUGCUGGAAAAAAGAAAUAAGAUUCGGGAGCAGAAUCGCUAUGAUCUGAAGACAGCAGGGCCACAGUCUCAACUGCUGGCGGGGAUCGUUGUGGACAAGCCUCCUUCUACCUUGCAGUUUGACGAUGACGAUCAGGGCCCACCGGCUCCUCCUAACCCGUUCAGUCGUCUCAUGGAAGGAGAACUUGAGGAGUAUACGAAGACAAUCGAGAGAAAGCAGCAAGGCCUGGACGACGCUGAGCAGGACUCACUCUCAGAUGACGCUGCAUCUGUUUCACAAAUUCAGUCUCAAACUCAGUCACCGCAAAGUGUCCCUGAGAGAUUAGAAGGUAUUCAAUGUAACUCCCCACAGCCGUCACCUCAAAACCACGAGCUCUUUUCCAAGAGCUUCCCCUGCAUGGACGCGCCUAUCAUGAUCGUGAACGGCAAGGACGAGGUACAUGAUGUUGACGAUGAGCUGGCGCAGCGGGUCCGCGGGCUGACGACAAGCACCACCAUAGAGAACAUCGAGAUCACCAUUAAGUCCCCAGAAAGGACUGAUGAGGUCCUGUCGCCUGAUGGCUCGCCCUCAAAGUCACCGUCCAAGAAAAAGAAGAAAUUCCGCACGCCUUCUUUUCUCAAAAAGAACAAAAAGAAGGAGAAAGUUGAGGCCUAAGUAGUCUUCUGUACUUUGUAUGUUACAGUGUGGCAUUGCACAGUAAAUACCAUAUUUUAGUUAAUCGUUACGAUGCGGUGGUAGGUCAGAUUGGGAGUAUGUAGCAAACUGGACUUUACAAAAACUGGAAAGAGGUUUUACUAAAAGAAAAAUAUUAUUGAAAACUUUCAAAUUCAUCUCUUUUUAUAUAUCCAAACAUGACUGAACUUUCCAGCAGUUGCUGGUUUCCCUUCGCUCGACCGUGCUGGAGCGUCACCGCCCUGCUCGGUGACAGAGGCUGCCUGUUCCUCAGGCUUCCUGCAUCCCGUCUGUCGGAAAAACAUUGCCAGUGAACAGGAGAAUUUUUACUCUCGACAGCUGCUUCCCUUGCCAGUCAGACCUACUUUUGUCCUGGUUACUAACUGUACCGUAGUCUGGGCCCAUUGUCUCUGCGGGCAUCAAUGGAGUGCUCCCAAAGCUUCCACAGACUCCAGAACAUUAGUGUACACUGGCACAGAAUUUUUUUAAAAAUGUUUUAAGAAAAUAUUUGUUUGGAAUUUUACUCAUAGUAGAAAUUCCCUUACCUGAAGUAACAGUUUGCCAAAAAAAAAGUCAUUUUAAUAAACUAUAAUUUUUGAAGAACUUCCUUUUUUAUUAGUUUAGAAAGCCCCUUAUUUUUCAUAGAGGGGAUUUUGUACACAUAAUAUGAGUUAUUUAGUUUAACUCUUGCAAAAAAUAAUUUUUGUAUGUUAAAACGUUUGUAUACCUUCAGUAUAAGGUGUCCUGUGCAUUUUAGCCAAUCAGUUCAGAGUAAAGCCUGCCUGCAGCUUCUUGGCUCUGAGGUGAUUCCGGAGUCCAGGGCCUGGCAUCAGAUUUGAACCGUAUGGUGUAUUUUUCUCUUAGUAUUGCUGAUGGAUGAAGAGCAUCUAUCUCAUGAGGUAACAAGAUGAAGAGGUGAAGGGAAGGGCAGAGUAGAGGAAGGCAGGAGUGAGGAGCACCUGACAGUCGUGCAUCCACAGAACAUGGAGGUCAGCUUACCGAAACUAAGACCCAGGUUUCUCAAAUCCUAUUUCCUGCCAAAAUCAAUAUCUUGGUUGACAUUUGAGUUUUAAAAGAGGUUACAUCCUUUUAGAAGAUGGCACUAGAAUAAAUCAGCAGGUCUAAUCCCACCAGCGAGAAAACUACCACGUCUUGAUUUUUGCAAACUUAAUCUUGAUUUUUGCAAACUUAAUCUUGAUUUUUACAAACUUAAAUUUUCUUUUAACUUCCUUUCUACUGUAAAUACAAAUUUAAACCUAGAUUUAAUAUAGUUUUCUCCAUUUUCCCAAGUAAUGUCACAGAUCAAUGUAAAUGGAUGUUGCAAAACACUCAGUGAGUGGAGACAGAGCGCCCGGCAGGUGCGAUAGCAUGCAGGCGUGACGCCGGCCGCAGCGCUCUCUGGCCUUGUUCAUUCUGACCGCGUGACGCUGCAGACGUCGUCUUAGAUCUCACUAACUACUGGAACCUGUUAAUCUUGUAGUGGAAAUUUUGAGUUGCUGAACUGUGUAUCUGAGGAUUUUUUUAUGUUCUACAUCAUCUUUGUUGUAUUACAACGUGUGUAGACACAGUAACCUGUGAACUAUCCUUUUCCAUAACUUUUAAAGAAUAUAUAUAUCUAAAUGAAUGCAAUGUGCAUAAAUAUUUUUUAAACGCAACAGUAAACUAUUGCACCUUUUUGCUAAUGCUUCUCUUGCUUUGACAUAAUGAAUGAGCCAGUGAACUCAAGUGUCCUGUGGAAAAUGUAUAAAAGUUAUCGAUAUUGCUCUUAGAUGUUAUGCUGAUUAAUGUUAAAUCACAAUAAACAGUAUUUUAAAUAUA